AAAAGUAAACCAAAAGCACAGAUUGGAAAGGAAGAGGCAGAGAAUAAGAAUCUUCCUAAAGCAUUUGUCAUGCAUCGAGGGGACAUUGGAAAAUCAAUUCUUCAACUAGAAAUGGACAUUAGGCAUGUUAUGGAGCCUAAUACUGCCAUUAAUUUAAAGGUGAACUAACUGCUACGAUCUCAUUUUCCACUAGGGUACAGGGCUUCAAAUUCACAGUAUCCCGAUAUCCCGGUGCAUAGGCUUUGCCAGCAGGGUGAUCCCGGUGAUACCAGAUUUUAAAUUUGGAUACUGGAAGUUGCAAGUUCAGUAUCCCGACGGAUACUGAAAAAAUUAUGUUAUUCAUUAAAUUGAUUGGCUGAAGUUAAUUAUCAUAUCAACACAAACAUUGCAUGCCAUGCUGUCUAUUGAAAUUGCUCGUCUUCAUGCACUCAUAUUCAAAAUAUGUUAAAAUACAUUAUAUAAACUGAGCGAACUAAAAAAUCCACUGAGACACGGCAAAUAUAUUAACUGAUGAACAAGUUGAAGAUUGAAAUAAAUUAUCCAGUGAACGAAAAAUGUUUUGCAAAUGUGGGAUACUAGAUUUUUCCUGGGUGGAUACAGAUUUUAAGUUGCUGGUAAUUCCCGUUGUAUACUGCUGAAAAAUUGAAAUUUGAAGCCCUGGGGUAUCAAAUACUAGGUUCUUAGCGAAAAAAAAUAUAUAUACAAUAAGAAAAUGCUCUUUAUGGUCAAACUGGUGUUUCGUAUAUGUUAAUUCUAAUUUACGAAUUUCAUCAUGUAGGUUCGCAAGAACAAUGUCUUAAAAGAUUUUGUUAAUGUCGCUGGACCUCUUGGUGUCACACACUUCAUUAUUUUUUCCCAAACAAAAAUUGGCUCUUAUAUGGUAAGUUAAAGUAAAAUUAAGAAUUUUCUUUAAUUUUGUGUUCUGUAUAAUUAUAUUUAUCAGCCCGUUUAAAUUUUUUAAAAUUUUGUGUUUUAAAGAGAAUUGCGAGGCUACCGCGAGGUCCUACACUCCAUUUUAAGAUUCACAAGGUGAGAUCUGGAGCCCUUGUCAGCUUAAUAUAAUUAAUAAAACAUUCUGGUAAUUCCUGAUAUAUUUGUCUUAUAGUUUUCUCUGGCACGCGAGAUUAUUUCAAUGCUGAAAAGGCCGAAAACGUAUGGAACACAAUACAAGCAUUCACCUCUGGUUAGAACUCUUCAUGUGAUUAUAUUCAGCAUUUGACAAUGUAUGGUUAUUUUCUUGGCUUAAACUUCAUUAUAUCUCUCCCCUUAAUAGAUGGUUUUAAAUGACUUUGAUCAGACCACAUUACCUAUGAAGUUGAUGACGUCAAUGUUCCAGAAUCUCUUUCCAGCUAUAAACAUACAGAAGGUUUAUAAUUAUGCAAAAAUAUUUUAUUUUGUGAAAUGUGUUUUUGUUUGCUAAUAUUUUCAAUGGUUAAUGCUAGAUGGAAGGAUGUAAUGGAUGGUUGAUUUUUUGGUUUUUAGAUAAAACUGUCAGGGAUUCGUCGUUGUGUGUUGGUGAAUUAUAACAAGGAUAGCAACAUGAUUGAUUUUAGACACUAGUACGUUGAUAAAAGCUUUGUGUCUGACAAAUACUACAUGUGCAAAAGUCUCACAGCUUGUCAACAAGAUGUGUUCGCACUGCUUGUUUCCAAUUGUUAACAAGUCUGGAACAAGUUGUUAUCUUCAGAUUGAUGAGGCCAACAGACUCGUGACAAGUCUGAUAUUGUUUACACGUAACAAGUUCAUGAAAACAAAUUCGUAACAACUUGUUUACUAGCAGUCUGUAUUAGUCUUUUUACGACUGGUUUACACUAUCAACGUUUCUGUGAUCACAGUAGGGAUUUUGCAUAGGUAAAUUCUUUUUAAUGACUUGUUUACAAGAAAUUUUUGAGGGAAAUGAGUCAUUGUUAAUUCUUACAAAUCCUUCAAAACUUAGAAUUUACCUGUAUAUGCAUAUUUCCUACUGUGCUCACAGAAACUUUGGUAGGGUAAACCAGCCAUUAGAACAACUUGUAACAAGUUUGUCACCGUCAUCAACCUUGUAACAAGGUGAUAACAACUUGUUUCAGACUUGUCACAACAACUGGGAACAAGCUGUGCGAACACAUCCUGAUAUCGGCUUGACAACAACCUUGUUACAACUUGUUUGCAGAUCUUUAACGACUUGUGCAUUUUUAGUGCCCGUUUGUAGGCUCACAGUUUACAGGUACCUCGGUCUGUUUCACGUCAGUUCCGGUUCUGUCUAUCUAUUCACAACGCAACCAGUCACUAAUAGGGAGUGUGCUGUGCAAUAUCUGUAUCUGUACGUAAAGGCCGACUUGCAAUUUUUGCUGCGAUUUUACGUACGAUUUUCCUCUGAUGAAUGUGAACGAGUAAAUAAGCUGUGAAUGUUCAAGACGAAGGUACAUAAUUACAUAUACUCAGAACAUUCAUAACUCAUCUACUUGUUCACAUGCAUCAGAAGAAGAAAGUCGCACUAGACAUCGCAGCAAAAAUUGCAAGUCGGCCUUUACGUACAGAUACAGACAUUGCACAGCACACUCCCUAUUAGUGACUGGUUGCGUUGUGAAUAGAUAGACAGAACCGGAACUGACGUGAAACAGACCGAGGUACCUGUAAACUGUGAGCCUACAAAUGGCGCUUUAAGCAGCCGCUAAUAGUCCAUACCUCAUUAAUGAUCUGCCCCCUGACCUAUGUGUUUGGCCCACCCUGACCCUGUCAACUUUUCCUGUGGGAGGAAACCGGUGUGCCCGGAAAAAACCCACGACUUUCGGCAGGGCGUUUUGACUUUUACUCUUUUUUCGCAUGAGGACCGGAUUCGAGUCACAUUGGGAAAGUUCUUCACUGCGAAUCGAACUCGGGACCUAAGAGGUGAAAGGCAGGUGCUCUGGACACUUAGCCACCGAAGCCCCGCGUAUAGCAUAAGCUCAAGGAGCUACUGUAAUUGCUGAAAUUAAGUUUAAAUAAUAUGAUUUUCGUAAUUUGUUCAUUAUAAAGAGUUUCCGUUCUUCAUUCUGCAGUCAGAUUGAUGUUGCUCCAGUUGGUAUGAGUAAAGGUGUAAGAAAGCUACUUCAGGCCAAAGUUCCAAAUAUGGCGAAGUUUGAUGACGUCAGUGAGUACAUUGAAAGGUAGGUUUAUUUCGGAACAAGCAAUUUGGGUAUUACGGCCAUGGGAAUUUGGUUAUUAACUUAAUCUGCAGUGGCAAAACGAACCCUUUUGUAAAGGAAAUUGAAACUCGCAGGAAAAGUGUUUGCGUCGAUGACUUUGGAGAAGAAUGACAAAAUGUUUUGUUUUUUCUGUCUUCCUAGGGCCGCAGGUGGUUAUGGGUCAGAAAGUGAAGCGGAAGACCCAGCUGAUAGUCACGUGACUUUACCACAAGACCUCCCAGGACGAGGCAAUAUUAAAUCUGAGAAAAGUUCUGUGAAACUUACUGAGGUAGAUGCUUGUGAUGUUACUCUGAGUGUGUAUCCACACCGGGCAAGCUUGAAAAAUAUGCCUGGCCACAGUGGGAAUCGAACCUACGACCUUUGGAAUAGUAGCCCAAUGAGAAAACUCGUAUGUUUUCUAUUUCUUAAACAGGGAUCUUAAACAUUAAGUUAAACCUAUUCCAAAUACAUUUUCAAACUAUUCAAAUGAUGAAAGUUAUUGUUUUUUAACGCGUUGUUCAUGUCACUUGUUAGUGGAAAUAAAGACCCAUUUCCGCUCAAGAAAAUGUUCCGAAAACAUCAUUGUUAAAAGUUGAAAAUUUUCAACUUCAAAAUUUUUCCGACGGAAAAUUUGUAUCGGCCAAUCACGUUUUACAAAAUUUUCUUUCUGCGGAAAAUUUUCCUGAGUGCAAAUGAGCUUUAAGCUACCGGUAUUUUGUUGUAUUUUCCCAGCUCGGCCCACAAAUGUCCUUACAACUUAUCAAAAUUGAAGAAGGGAUGUGUACAGGAGAAGUCCUCUUUCAUGAAUUUGGUAAUUAUAUCUUACUCCAUUAGCUGCGACUGGUUUGUGUCAAAAUUUUAAAAAAAGCCUGUGUUGAGACUUGAUUUUAAUCAUUUGCUCAAUAUGUUUUAAAGUACAAAAAACUAAAGCAGAAGUCAAGUUACUGAAGAAGGAAAGAGAAGCGAAACGGUAGGCUGUUUUCUAUCGCUGUAAAAUAAUGACACUGACAAGUUUAUCGUGUGCAACCAAAUUCAUAAAUUAUUUUUCGUCAGGAAACUGAAAGAGCAGCGGAAAAAACAGCAAGAGGAAAAUGUGAAAAAGAAAGAAAAAGAAAAGGAGCUCAACAAGUAAAUACAAAACUUCAUAACUACGAGCAUGACAGGGGCGGCGGAACGGAUUUCAGUUUGGGGGGGCUAAAUUUUUUCCGUGACCUCCCCCCCGUCGCCAAAAAAAUUUCGGUCAGUGUACCAUUUUAGGGGUAGAAAAAUUUUUCCGGACAUAUACAAGAAAAGGGAUGAAAAAAAUUUUUCCGGACCUAUAACAAAAAAUUUUUUUGGACAUACUCGAUUUUUACACAAAAUAUCCCAAAUUUUUCCCCUUAUACCUAAAUUUUCCAAAAAUAACCUACAUUUUUCCUUAAUUAUCUAAAUUUUUCCAGAGAAAACAAAAUUUUCUGGGGGGGCUUAGCCCCCCCCCCACUUUUACUUCUGGGGGGGGCUUUAGCCCCCCUGGCCCCCCCUGUUCCGCCGCCAAUGGAGCAUGAUAUCAUUAAAUUAGGAUUUAUAUAAAGAAAUUCCAUGUAAAUCAAUGUGCAACUGUGAAUAUCAGUCUCACUGGCUUUGUAUUGAUGUAGAGCCCGCAGUAUAGCUGGGCAGCUGAAGAAACAGAAAGGAGAAACUGAAGAAACUGAACCAUCUGAUAACGAAGAUGAAGGUAACCUUUUUCACUUGCAUAUUCUGGGCUAUGAUUCUCUUAGGAUUUUGGGCGUCUACACAUAUGUUAGAUCUAAACAGGAACAGUUGUGAAAAAUGCAACUAUACUAUAUAGGCCUUCUGGCAGGAAUCGAUCCUUCGGCUCUACGAUUCCGGUGCAGCACUCUAACCAACUGAGCUACAGAGACCAAUUGUCGAGCUCUAACCGCUGUAGCUCAGUUGGUUAGAGCGUAACCUGCGGUCAGGCCUAUAAAUAAAUAAAUAGGCCUGAUACAAACCUUAACAAAAGUCCAUGUUUUUACAACCAUAUUUCGGUUGUAAAUCCGAUUGGUUUGAGACAAAAAAUUUUUAAUCUGUCAUUUGAUUGGUUGGUGCUAAUUAGAUUAUACUAUUGUUGUUAUAUUUAUAGUGAUCACAACUUUAAUUAGAUUGUUGUUGUCGUUGUGUAAAAUUUAAAUUUCUCUGACAUUUUGAUUGGAUACUAAAUAUAAACUUUGCUGUGGGUGGAAAGCGAUCGGAUUAAGGAUUGUGUCAGGAUAUUAUUUGUAAAAUAGAGCCUGAUCUCAGGUUGGUUAGAGCGCUGCACCGGAAUCGCAGGGUCGCAGGUUUGAUUCCUGUGAUAAGUAAAAUAGUCUCGCCUUAUAGAGGAAACUCCUAAAAUCAGUAUCAGAGUGUUUGGUCCAUUGGUUUGGACUGGUCAAGCCGGGACCAUACAUCGUAGAUGAGCUCUUUUGCUCAACAUGUUACGGCCAUGUUAUGCGGGGCAAUAUUUCCUGCAAAUUUCAGAUACCUCUAGAGCCGUGUUAUCUAAAAAUUUGUCGCAGAGAAAUUUCAGUGCGGACUCAGGGCUCAAAAUAGCGGGAGAUAGGUCUCCGGUCGACUUUUAGCUCGGUCAAAAUCUGUUUUUGACCGGUCAUUGAUAUGCUUAUAUUAGCAGUGAGGCAAACUAUUAGAAACUUGUUUCGAUACAUCAUAGUUUCAUGAUUUAAUUCAAGACUUCAGCAAUCACAUUGGAAGGCAUGAAAAUGUGGCCGGUCAAAAUGACCGGUGAUGUAAAAAAGUGACCGGUCAAGAGGCAUUUUUAGCCCGUCAUUGUCCGUUGACCGGCCGUUAUUUUGAGCCCUGGGUCAGCUGCAUUCUACUCUACAGACACUUUCUUCACAUAACGUACUCUUAAGGGAUGAAAAAUGAACGGACUGUUGUGUACUUUAUAGAUGCAAGUAGUGCUGACGAAGGCAACGAAAAUGCAGGUAAAGAUGACAGCGAAGAUGACGAUGUACGGUGGUAUAAAGAAGAGGUUGGGGAAGAUCCUGAUGAAGGUAGGACGUGUUGAUGUUACUGUAUGGAGUGUAUGACUUCAGUUGUAAGCAGGAUGUAUUUACUGGGGGUGUACACACCCUCCUAUAGCCUUGCCACGAGGGGGUGCAAGAGAAAUGGCAAUUUCCUUAUCAAAUUCAAUUUUAUUUGGAAAGGCAAUUACAAAAACAAAAAUAAAAUUGAGACAAAAUGAGAUGUAAUAUAUGAACAACGAGAGCGAGUGUCCCGGUGAGACACGAGCUCGAGUUGUUUACAUGGCUUCUCAAAUGAAUGGAGACGUAACAGAAUGUGUUCGUUUGCUGAUUUGAAUAGAAUUCUUAAGCAAGCAUAAUGUAAUUAGGAAUUCUAUUCAAGUAACUUUGCAUGCGUAAUUAAGAUAUUUGAUGAAAACACUAGUGACUUUCAUCAAGUUUCACCGGGUUAUCCAAAUGGCAUCUUGUGAUCAAAUAGGUGAUUAUCAUUGGCUGAAUUGCUCAUGAUUUAUUAAUGAAUUUGAGAAAGUAAUGACGAAGUCUUUGUCUAUACAACAAUGGUUAAUAUCAUGGCCGUUUCGUGAAUGAUAGAUCAUUGGUGAGCAUAAUAGUCAUUAGUCAUAGAGAGUGCCAAACACUUGAAAAUUGCUGUUUCCUCAAAUGUAGAAACAAUGUUUCCUGGUUUGCCUACCUUCAGGAAACACAGCCAGGAAACAACGUUUUCUUGUUUGUCCAAGGCUUUUGUGAUAUUGUUAAGUAUUUAUUUCCCGUGCAGUGAAGACGGACGUUUUUUAUACCAGACAUCCAUCAAAUGAAAUCUUGUGUUUUUAGACCUAUUCUCUGGGAAAUCAAGGGGAAAGCAGCUGAAUAAAAGGAAACGAAAAGGACCCACAAAACCAAGCUUUAUCAGCAAGAAACGACCGAAAUUAGACAAUCAAUUUUCAAAAAAGAAACAUAAGACAUCCAUCGACAGAAGGAAACAGCGAAAGAGGACUUAGUAUUCAUUGGUGCAAAGUGUGAACCAACAUGUUGUUGAGUUGUAAAUAGCUGUUUCAUGGGUGCAUAAACAAAGCAAAUAUAACAUUUUAGAACCUAUAUCUUUCUUUCAUU